GAAUAUAUCAAGAACACGACACGCGUAUAUAAGCAGUUUAGUACAAAAAUAAGCCUACUUGAAGAAUUAAUAUGCCAUCGCUGAAAAUAAUAUAACUUCGGAACUGUAUGUCUCAAAAAAGGAAUACAAAAACGUAUAUUCAAAAGAGAAGUGCCGCACAAAUCUAUGAAGGACGAGAAUUUAUUACUAUGCGUGGGGAACCUUACAUACGUAAAUACACAUGGAAUCCCACGGUUUGAUCGAACAGAUACGGAUUAGACCGCUUAGGGCGUAGCCUUGUAGGAUUUAUGGCUCCUCUACAAAACCCUGCGAAGGCGAGUGCGAGAGAGACAGAAGAAUGUGGUAUUAUUCUGAGCAAUAAACUGAAGCUACUAAUAAUAUUAAGUUGUGCACGUAAGUAAAUAACGCCCAGAAUUGCCGUUAAUUGACCUUCCGGACAAUCAAAAACAAGUUAAAAACGCAACGCCAGUUGCGUAAGAAGCACAUGUUUUGCAAAAUCUUUAAAGAUUUUAAAUGUAUACAUAAAAUAUGCACUAUGAAGCUGACAUUUAAAUAACUAAUGCUUAUAUAGUGAUUUUAAAAAUGAGUUAUAAAUUCUACAAUUUGUUGGGCACCAAAAAUUAAUUAAUUUACCGAAAACACAAAGGUUUUUGUCAGGCGGUGGGAUGCGCUGGGCUGUUUGUGGUGUUAGACCAAUUUUGGCUUUAUCCACUCGGAUGUCAAAUGCUUUUCCAUUUGAAGGGGUCCAUAUCUUCUUUUGCAUUUUAAAACUCACUCGCAUAUAAGAUUUGCGUUAGUUUUUUUUAUAGAAUGUUUGUCGGCCGGCUCAAAACGCUGUUCAAUUAGUGCGCACACGGUGGUGACAGGCGGUGAUCUUUGUACUUCCAGGCCGCACCGCCCAUUGCUUACAUACUUUCGGAUUGCGGUGACCAAGCCUUUCUAUGGCCUAAACUUAUAUUACCUCACUAAUAGUCUCGAAUUAUACACCUGUCUGUAUUAGUAUUUUAAACCGAAUCUGUGACACGUUCACAAUAUAGUUCUGAUCUUUGUAACCAUACUAAGCAAAUAUUCAUUAACAUGUGUGGGUUUUAAUUAGGCCUAUUAUUCGUAUAUUUACUGACAACAGUCUUAAGGAACCAUGCAAGUAAAAUAUUGCUGCGCUUUGCUUACUGGACAAUAACAUGUUAAAGGUUGUAACUUUUUUAUGACAAACGGCAAAAUAAAACGAAUGAAUGAAUGUACACAUAUAAAAUGGUAUUACAUAAUGUGUAAUAAUCAACCCGAAUAUAAUCGUCGUUUAUAUUAUCUUUGUACUGCAACGUGGUAAUCGUCGUAUACAGCUAUAAAUCUUAGUUGGGCAUUUCAUGGGAAAUUACUGGCACCAAUAACACAGCUAUGCAUGGCGCGUUACUUUCCGUAAUUCUUGUUUUAACAUGCAGUCCUACUUUCCACAAUUACUACGCCACUGACUGUAUUUUUUUAUGCGAAGGGGCCGGGCCGAGCCGGGUGCAGCUCGAUGGAAAUACAAGGGGUCAGUGGGUGUUUUUACACGGCGUAGUUCGGGGAGGACAGCUUGUAGAUGGUGGUCGUCUCAGUCCAAAGUCCCAGAUGCCGGAUCAGCCCGUCGCUGAGCCUGACGAGCACAGAGCACAGUUGGCAAUGCAACCUGAAUAAAAGAGACUAAAGGCGGAGAAGACGACUUGACUUGGGAGACAAGUAGUUUUUUUUUGUUUGUUUCAUCCCGUGCUCAUAAUCUAACAUGUUGAUCAGAAAACUUGUGUCAGAAGUAUCGGAAGACUGUAAUGCAGGACACCUUUUUCCUGUGCGAUUUUAGAGACGAUAUCAGCUUUUGCAAAUAAGGGGAUCCCGAACGGGAUAUAAACCGAAGUUGCAAAAAAAGUUAAAGGUCAAAAAUCAAAACUGAUCUACCGUCCAGUCCUGCACAUCAUACUUUAAGGACGCCUGAAUUAAUCGCUUUGAAAGUUAAUGCAGUCCUCUGACAUGAAGGAAACCAAGGCGCACAUUUAGCUGGGCAACUGGCGCAGCCGGGCAUGACUAUGCGGCGGAUUGUGCAGGACAGGCGGCAGAUGCGACAGCUGCGCUCCGUGUGGAUCUGCGCGGCUCUGCUCGCUUUAAUGCUGGCGGUCGUCAGCGUCGCGUUCACGGCGUGGGCAUGGGGGCAGACGAGGAACCUGUCUCUGUCUUUCAAAAGCCUGCAAUAUCAUCUCGAACAAGUAAAUGCCCAGCGAGAGGCCAUUGUGAGCCUUUUGCUGGAAAAGCGAUUUAAGCUGGACUACCAGAGGGUCAAGAGAGAAGCUUUCAGCCAGAUGGGACAGACAGGUACUGGGAGGCAGCGGUCGGUCACGGCACAGGGGCGAGGGCCGGUGGUCGGUCACGGCACAGGGGCGAGGGCCGGAGGUCGGUCACGGCGCAGGGGCGAGGGCCGGAGGUCGGUCACGGCGCAGGGGCGAGGGCCGGAGGUCGGUCACGGCGCAGGGGCGAGGGCCGGAGGUCGGUCACGGCGCAGGGGCGAGGGCCGGAGGUCGGUCACGGCGCAGGGGCGAGGGCCGGAGGUCGGUCACGGCGCAGGGGCGAGGGCCGGAGGUCGGUCACGGCGCAGGGGCGAGGGCCGGAGGUCGGUCACGGCGCAGGGGCGAGGGCCGGAGGUCGGUCGCGGCGCAGGGGCGAGGGCCGGAGGUCGGUCGCGGCGCAGGGGCGAGGGCCGGAGGUCGGUCGCGGCGCAGGGCGAGGGCCGGAGGUCGGUCACGGCGCAGGGCGAGGGCCGGAGGUCGGUCACGGCGCAGGGGCGAGGGCCGGAGGUCGGUCACGGCGCAGGGGCGAGGGCCGGAGGUCGGUCACGGCGCAGGGGCGAGGGCCGGAGGUCGGUCACGGCGCAGGGCGAGGGCCGGAGGUCGGUCACGGCGCAGGGGCGAGGGCCGGAGAAAAGCCCUCCCUGCCUUCUCAACAUUUUUUCCACUUUUCUUUCUUUUUUUCCCCCCAAAGAUCCCGGAAGUAGAAGGAAGAAGAAGAAACACCAGGAAUUGGCUUCUCAUUUUGAAAUUAAAGACCAAGCCGUUGUAGAAGUGGGAACAAAGGGAGUCAUCAAGGGCUGGACAGAGGAACGGCUGAACGCCACCAAGGCUGUGAGUUAUGACCCCCAGGAAGGUGCCUUUAGAGUGGAGAGGAGAGGGGUUUAUUUCCUGUACUGCCAGGUGCACUUCAACGAGAACCAGAGCCCCUACGUGAAGCUGGAGGUGUCGGUGGGCAAUGUGCAAGUGCUGCAGUGCAAGGAAGGCUAUGGAACCACCCCCUCCUCAGGCUCCCAUCUAUUCCACUACAUGAAGCCGUGCCAGGUGUCGGGCUUAUUGCGCCUAGAGAAAGGGGAUGAGCUCAAGGUCACCACCGGCGCCAAAUUCACCCUUUUGAACACUGUCAAUCAUUACUUUGGGCUCUUCAAGGUCACCUGAGGCUGCCGGCAUUGAGUUGACUCGCCUUACUCUCUACCCCAAAAGCAUCUUCAACAUCCCUCUUCAUACAUGAGCCUGUGUGUGUGUCUGUGUAAACAUUCCCUCCAAACCUGAACCUUGGACAUAUUUCUCAUUCGUCUCUGAAAAGGGGACAGUAUCAGGCUUAGACUUAUGUGGUGCUUUCAUGUUCUGUUCGACACGGAACCCUGUGCCUUCCUGCUUCCGGCCCUGUGUGCUGCUGCCCAGGCAGAAGAAGCGGAGGACUUGCUUCAUGGAAACUUUCAAACCGGUGCCCUGCACCCGGAGCUCAGUCGGCCUGAAUCCUGAACCGUACCGUCGGCCGAUUUGCAGGGCUGGGUCACAUCUUCGUAAUGGGUUAGCACUUCCAGAAAUGCCGCUUUCAUCUGAACAAACUACAAUCCAUUGGACUAAAAUUCAUAUUGACAUUUUUAAACCUGCGUACCCAUGUCCCCCCCCCCCCCCCCCUUUAUUAAUUCAGACCAAUAGGUAUUAACUGCAGGCACUUCUAUUAUCUUCCGUGUAACAUACUACAUUAUUAACUGCGUGGGGCUGUAAUACAUGAUAUGAUGUAAAUGGUACCUGUGGUAAACUCUGCCACCCAGCACAGUCUGCUUUGCAAAUAAAUUCAUUUGCAUGAGCAGCCUUCCUGCGCCCAUCCUCCGCUUCCUGCUGCGGUGUGAUCUUUUUUUUUU